UACAACUAUAAUACAACUACAACUCAUUAGUUAUUAUAAUACAUAUUAUUAUUAUUAUUAUUAUAAUUUCGCCGUCUAUGGUCCGUCUUUUUUUCUCUUUAUUUCUUUUUAAAAUGUUGUCGAUAAAAUAAUAAUAAUAUGUCCCGUCGUUUGCGCAGUCUAGUCCGACACUCCGAUCCAUCCGCCGGUCCAUCGUAAUUGGACAUUCUCGCUCUCGGGGAGAUGAGAAUAAGACUAUUACAAAUUAUUUGUUUGUCGAUCGUUUAAAACUCGUAAAUUGUGUAGGGCGGCAGGUGUAUAGCAACGAAAAAAAACCACUUAGCCGUCAUAAUUCUGAGACGAAAAAUCAGUACAUUGACCGAACAUCAAUACACCUAUACCUAAAGUGUACAGCAUUUAUAUAUCUUAUAAUAAUAUAUGAAAAUGUCCAUAUCGUCAGACUCCAUAAUUCACAAACUGUAUAACCGUCAGGUUCAUGGUACUUUUAAAUACAAGCAUAAUCCUCAAAACAAUACAAGAUAUUUAUUUAAAGACAAUCCGGAUUAUGGUAAAUUUUUCUUGCCAGAUAUUAUAGAAGAUAUUUCUGAUCAUGUUUUUAUGGGUUUAACUCGAUGUGGCCGAUUUCUAUUGACUUACACAAUAACAGACUCAGAGAAUAUAGUUGUUGUUGAUGGUCCUCUUAUGUCUUCAUUAAACAUGAAGUAUAAACUACAUUUUUGGGCUUUUCGACCGGGCCAAUCAGCUUUUAGGGUUUCAGAAAUUUCAUUAUUUGAGAAUGCGGAGUUUAGUGAUUUUUUAAAUAUUUACAUUGUUCAAUGGCCAAACCGGUCUGACAGAAUCGUAGUUUUCGGUGAAAGUGUGACAUCUGAAGAUGAUGAUUGUGACAUGCACAAAAUUUACAUUACAGUCACUACAUUACCAUCUUUAAAUAACUGUAAAGAUUGUCAAUCAGUAGCCAAUGCACAUAGAGAUGAAGAUCUUUCCAAGUAUUAUUUGGGAAACACGUGUCUUAUUCAUGGCCUUACUGUACACACGUCAUUUACAGUGUCACAUCCUUAUCCUCGACUGGAGCCUUCCGUGUCAUUGAAAUAUGAUAAUCAUAUUGUGCUCAAUACGUGUAAUUUUAUUCACGUUUUAAAUUUUGAUUUAGAUAAGAAUCAAAAUUCUACAUCUGAUAAAUCAGAAAACAUUAAUGUUCCAUUAGCUCACAAGCUUAGUAAUGAUUUGACUGAAUUUGGUUAUAAAAUGGCAAAUAAAAGUGAUAGUCAAGAAAGGGGUGUCAAAAGGAGACAUAUUGAUACAAGAUGUUUUUUUGACAAAGAACAAGAUAUGACGAUGGCUGCUCUAAACGCCAUGCCUAAUUAUAACAACCAUCGUCUUUUAAGAAUGAAAGAUGCUGAAAAGGUAUAUGAUUUUGAUGAAAAUGAUGAUAGUUGUUUGCUUAAGUUUAAAUGGUUCAGGCGCAGAAGAAUAGCAGAUAAAAUGUAUGAAUUUUGUUCGGAAGAAGAAGAUAUGGAAAAUGUGCAUCCAUCAUCCAAAAAAAAUCUCUUUCAACGCCGUGAAUCACCUGGACCUUCAGCCGUUGAUCAAACACCAUUAUAUAUACAAACAGACUAUGAAGAUGAUAUAUUAAAUGACUGUGAUAGAAAAAUGUUAUUUGCUCAAGAAUUAAAUGCAAUCAUUGCUGACUGGGAUUGUUUAUCAUCACCUCGUUCAGUUACCUCUGAAGAUAGAGACAUUAAGAGUCCUGAUAGUACCAACAGGAAGAUUACCAAUGUGCUCAAGCCAAGAAAUAAAACUCCAUUGUUUAAAAAUUCCAAAAGCCCCUGUGAUAAGAAAAUCGGUGUUAUGAUCGUUCCUGAUAAUAUUCAAGGAAAUCAAUCAAGUAGUUCAUUUCGAUCUGUACCAUUACAAGGAUGUUCAGUGAAAUUUGAAAGACAGUACAUAGAAGUAGAUGAAGAAAUUGUCUCAGUCACUACAGAUUUAGAUGAAGAAGAUGGUAUAACAGGGUCUUUAUGUGCACUUCCGUUAUCUGUACAUGGGUCUGCGUCUGCUCAAAUGCAAAUGAUCAAUACUGCCAAAAUUGGAAAACAGGAAAAAAAUGUUUGCGUUAUAAAACAGGCAAGUUUAGAUUUUGAACAUGUUAGCUAUAAAGUGGCUGAAAUUAUUUGCAAUCUUGAAGGUCACAAAUUUUGGUGCUAUAACGACUAUGACUCGGCUAUUGUUGAUAUUUGUCCAUUAAAUGGUGAUAUUUUAAUUGUAUUGUGCAUAAGACUGAACACAGAAGAGGAGAAGAGACCUACACCCCUUUGUCAACCAGUGAAUAACAGGGGUUUUGAGACAAAGUGUGUGAUUCUGUGGAACCCUGAGACUGAUACUUGUUACCUGGAGGCUUACUUGCAACUGGAAGUAGUCACGGAUGAUCCGAGUCAAACGAGUUGGAAUCCUGCUCGUUUUGAAGCCAAUAUACUGCGCAACGCGUCCAUGGGUUUCUUCAACAUUCCUAUGGGCCGUCAAGUGAGGUGUUUAUCACAUGAAGUCUGGUCUAAGCAAGUUGAUAAUCUAAAUCCAUCUUUGUUUGAAAUUAGAGAUGAAGAUAAUAUGAUCACUAUCCUUAGAAACCGAAUGGAUGCGGUAGAUGAAAACAAUGUCAUGGUGUUCCUCCGUCAUAGACUGCCAAUAUAACUAGAAGAGCAGUAGGAGUUUAUCUUAAGGUAUAUUAAGUUUAAUUAGACUAUCUAAAUAUUAUUAUUAAAAAAUAAGUGUGUGUAGCUAAAUUUUAUUUUUCAACAAUUUACUGCAAUGAAUUUAAUUUGUAAGUUUUAUAUCUCAUCAAAUGUUUAAUGAUAUUAUACUUUACCUGUUUAAUUUGUAUUAAGGAACUAGUCCCUUGAACUCAUUUAUUUCUCGUUAUUCUCUUCAAGUUUUCACGGCAAUUUAAAAAUAAUAAUCAAUUUUUCGUUUGGAAAAACUAUUGAUAUUUUUACAAAUAAAUAUUUUACUGUUUAAAAUAAUAAUGUUCAAUGUCAAUGUUGAGUUAUAUUAUUAAAUAUUAAUCACUAUUCGUUCACAUUGGAAAUAAUUUUAACUGCUGUCAAUGUGAACUUAACUUAGAUUUAUUUGUAUUUUCUGUGAAAUAAUCUCUCUUCAAGGAAUCAACAUUAUUAUAGUUAGAAUCAAUAAUUAAUUUGUAAAAUCGUUCAUAUUAUUAUUU